AUGCCCAAAUGCCCGGGCUGCGUGGCGCGCUUCCAAAGCCUCCUGGACUUAGCGGAGCUGGCGUGCCAGGGCUACAUCGUGGCUUGCCCCCCGCGUGCUCCCCUCUAUCUUGAGAAGAUCCUCUACCACCUGCUGAAGAGCGUGGCUGCCUCGGGCACCUACAGUGCCUGCCUGAGGUUCGCAGGGAUCCUUCGCACCCAGCUUGGGCAGUGCCAGCGUCUGGCAGUACCCAAUGAAGACUUUGAGGCCAUUGCCAAGAGCAGCUUUAGCGUGCUGUGGAAGGUGGCAGACGCCCUUGCCAAGUCUGACCAGGGUCUUGGGGAUGCCAGGGCGGUGCUCUCAGGGCGUCUGCAGGCCACGUGUUUCCUGGCACUCUUGGAAGAGGCCGAGUCCCCCUUGCUGCCCCAGGAGCCGCCCUUCUUCACCUCCCAGACGGCACGCCAGGCUGCGGCGGCCGCUCUAAUGUUUGAGGCUCAGAGGGCCCCGCUGAGCCCAGAGGAUGCCCGCUACCUCAGCAAGCAGCUUGCUUGCCACCCACUCGCAGUCCUGCUGGAGGCCAGGGGUGGGAUGGAGCCCUGGCCCCUCCAGUCCUCCCUGUGCCUGUUGGAGCUCAUGCUGGAGCGCUGCCGUCGCCUCUGCAGGGGCAGCUGCUUCCAAGAAGCCGAGGAUGCCCUGAAGCAAGCUCGGGUCCACUUGAGUGUAUCCAGGGGUGCCAAGGAGGGAUUUGGUGCUGCACUGGACCUGCUGCGUAUUGGAAUAGAGCUGAGCCGGGUGCUGGCAGUGGGUCAGGGCCAGACAGGGCCCCUUCUGUCCCAGGCUGCCAUGGCUCUGGAUGCUGCCUCUGAAGCCCAGGACCCCUUUCUCCGGGCACUAGUGGAAAGUUGCCAGUUCAUGGUCUCCUCCCUCAGCGGAUACGUGAGGAGGAGCGAGCAUAGGCCCUUUGGGGUGGAAGAUGCCCUGGGCGCCUCAGCCUUUGUGAAGGGCUAUUCUCAGCUCCUGUGGCGGUUGCUGGAGAGUAUGCCUCCUGACAGCCCGAAGCAGCAGCAGACUGUGAAACAACUGCAGUCCCACUGCCUCCAGCUCUAUGCCGGCCUGGCAUACGAUGCCUUCCAGGGCUCCCAGGCAGCUGGCCUGGAGAAGCUGGCGGGGCCAUGCCGAGACGUCAUCACGUGGAUGCUACAGCUGUUCGAGGGGCUCCCUGAGCCGGAGCAGGCAGAGUACCUCGAUGUGACGGCAUCAUGUGUGUUCAAGUUGGCCUAUGGCUUCUACAGCCAGAAGCUGUAUGCAGAGGCCUGCUCUGUUGUUGAGCUCUUUUGCCAGAGGCUGGCGAUGGAGCCCUGCCCCUAUCCAGAGAUGCCCACGGAGAGGUCUGAUAAGUGCUUCAAGCUGCAGGUGGAGAGCUACCGGAAGCUGGGCCAGUUCGAGAAGGGCCUUGAGGUGGUGGCACUGUGGCUGGGGGCACUGCGUGGCCGGGUCACAGAGCAAAUGGUAGAGCCAGUGUCUCUCUGGGUCCGAGUCAAGAUGGAUGCAAGCAAGAAGGGGGACGAAGACCUGAGACUGAAGACUCUGAAGGAUGCCUUGGAGGGGCACAGCUUGGCCCCGGAGUCUCUGGUGGCCCUGCUCUCCGAGGAGCUGCGGGCCUACAAGAUGGUGCGGGCCGACACGGGGCAUGAGCGUUUCAAUGUCAUCUGUGACCUGCUGGAGCUAUACCCAGAGGAGAGUGGGCAGGUGCAGGAGCGUGCGGGGGUCCUGCUAGAGCUGGCCCAGGUGCUGUGCUACCACGACUACACGGAGAAGACUGAGUGCUCUGCCCUGGAUGCCAUUCAAGAGGCCCUGCAUCUGCUAGACUCCGUGCCUGAGAGCCCAGAGAGCCAGGACCAGCUGCUGGAUGACCGAGCCCAAGCCUUGCUCUGGCUGUACAUCUGCAGCCUGGAGUCCAAGAUGCAGCAGAGCAUUGAGAAGGAGCAGAGAGCCUGGACCCAGGGCCAAAAGAACCUGGAGGACUUUGAACCCAAUGACCUCAACUAUGAAGACAAGCUCCAGGACGACAAGUUCCUGUAUAACAGCAUCACCUUCAACCUGGCGGCCGAGGCUGCCCAGUCAAAGAGCCUGGAUGAUGCCCUUGCCCUCUGGAAGAAGCUCCUAGCCAAGAAGGGCAUCCCUCAAGUGCGCAGCGUGGAGCAAACCACAGCCUCCCUGCACCUUGCAGCUGCUCUCUACAGGAUGAUGGCUAAGCCCCUGCAAGCCAUGGAGUGUUAUCUGCUGCUCUGGACCCUCUGCAGAGCCCUCGGGGACCAGCUGGGGACCGCCAGUGCUUUAUGCCAAGUGACCAAGCUCCUCUUCCACCUCGAGUGUCCCAGUGAUGCCAAGCUCUUCCUGGAAGAAGCGGAGUCCUGCUUGGAAAACGCCGACAGCAGCAGCGAGUCCAGCCUGUUGCUGAUGCAGACAUGUGCCGUGCUGCGCAGCCAGCUCUGCUGCAUGGAGCACAAGAUCGAAGAGGGCCUUGCUCUGUUGCUCAAGGUGCUCCAGAGCCCCACCCUGCAGAGGAUUGCCAAGGUCUGGUACCUGCUCCGAGCCCACAUCCUCCAGCUGGUGGCAGUCUACCUGGGCCUCCCUUCCACCAGCCUCUCGGCAGAGCUCCGACAACAGAUCUGGGCUGAAGGGUGGAAGACCCCCGAGACGGCUCUUGCUGAUGCCCAUAAGCUCUUACGGAGCAUCAUUCUCCUUCUGCUGGGCAGUGAUGUGCUGUCCUCCCCCAAGGCGGGUGCAGAUGCCUCAUUUGUGGAUUAUGGGGAGAACCUGCUGCAGAAGUGGCAGGUGCUGGCAGACAUGCUGGCCUGCUCAGAGAAGCUGAUCGCCCUUCUGGGCACGGUGGAGAUGGUGUGCGAGGCCAAGGCCUUCUGUGUGGAAGCUCUCAAGCUCUCCAUGAAACUCCAGGCUCUCCGGUGGUGCGCUGGCUUCCUGGUCCAGAAGAGCGAACUGGAGCUGCAGCGCAGCGAUGUGGAGCUCUGCCAGUCGGACCUGCAACAGGCCCUGUUCCUGCUAGAAUCCGGCACAGCCUUUGAGACGGAGGAGAAGCACAAAGACAAGGUUAAGAUCCAGCUGACAAAAGGGAGAUGCCGGAGCAGGCAGCACCGCAGCCCUAGCACAGAGUCUGCAGCAGAGGAUGAAGCCUUCCUGAAGGGGCCCGACUUGGAGUUUGUGGCCACGGUGGGAGCAGAGGAGAAGCAAGCUACCCUCACCACGUCCCCAGAACUGAAGCCCAAGCAGAAACAGCGCCCGCGCUUCCUGACCCAUUCACCUGCCUGCGCCUGCCCCCUCUGUUCUGAUGUGGCCCUCGUGGUUGUUGGCCUCCGCUGGCUUGUCGCCUUCGCCCACGGCGAGCUGGCACUGGGGAACGCGGCAGAAGGCCUUGGCCUGCUGCAGACUGCACUAGAGCGCUGCGCCCCAGCGACCACGCGCUUCUCUGGUGUCGUACGGGCUGUGUCCUGGGGCAAAAAAGCUGUGCUGGGGGCCCAGCCCACCUCGGGGCUCCUGGAUGACGUGAUGGGCCGUAUCUAUGCUGCUUUGGCUGCUCACAACCUGAGGGGCCCCCAGCCGCAGAAGCAGCUGUGGGAGCUGGUGGAGGCUGGCUUGGCUUUCCUGUCCUCCCGGCCGCCACACCUACCUGGCCUUGAGUGCCAUGCUGCGAGCCUGCUGCUCACAAAAGCUGUGGCCACCAUCUACACCCUGGCCUCUGCACAUGAUGGCUGCACAGCCAACGUCUUCUCCAGCACCUGGGCCUGGAAGCCCUCGGCACCACCUGCUGGGACCAAGGGAACUGCAGCAGCCAAAGCCCCCAAGGCCAAGGAGCCCCAGCCCCCCAAGAGCAGGAGUAAGAAGCAGCCAGUGGCUAUUACUGGCAUGAAACCUAGAGCAAAGCGGGGCCUUGGAGCCAAGGCCCUGCCCCCGAUAGACUUGGAUGUCUUCACCCUGGGGGACUCGGACACUGAUGUACCUCGCAUCGUGCUCAAACCUGUGCUGGAGCCAGCCACCCCAAUCCAGAAGUCCUGCCCACCCCCCAUGGCCCGCUCACAGGGCCCCAAGCGAGCCCCCCAACCCCAGGCUCCUUUUGCUGUGUUUAAUGAGGCCUCCCCCACAGGGGUCAAGGCCCAACUGGCCAAGGCUCCUAAGGCCUCCAGGAGAGUCAAGUCACGCCUGAAGGUAACCUUCAGUGAUGACAGUGACCUGGAUGAUCCUCCAGCAGCUCUGGAACGAGAGGACAAAGGGCCGGCACCCAGGAGGGUGCGUUCAGUGGCCAGCAACAAGGUGACACAGCCCUCUGGCAGCAGCAAGAAGGCCACGGCAGAGAGGAAGGGAUCCCAGGCCAGCUCCUUGGAUAAUGUCUCCCAGGGAAGCACGGCCAGACUGCAGCGAGGCGGAGCAGGCGUGAAGAAGGCUCUGAGGGGCAGAACUGCGCUGAGAGCCCCCAGCAGGGAGCAGGAGGAAGACAAGGAGCUCCUGAGGGCCAUCACAGAGGAGGAAACACUGGAAGAGGAGCUGGAGCUCAGCUUCGAGGUGCUGCGGGGCUCGGACGAAGAGGACCCAGCUCCAGGCACAAAGAAGGGUGUGACUUGGGCACCAGGUGAGCGCGAGGUGCUGCGGAGAGAUGCCAGUGCCAGCCCAUGGGAGUCCUUCCCAGCUGCUGGCAGGAAAGGAAGCGGGGAUGUCCUCAGCUUGCAACCUCCCUCUGCCAUGUUAGCUGCCAUAGGACUUCCUUCCCUGGACUCAGUGUGUGAAUCUCUGAUGGCUGCCCUCACUUCCAUCAGCCACUGCCCCCCAAGUGCCCUGUACUGCCAGCUCUGCCGCCUCCUGGCACUGUGCACGGGCAGCCGGGACCCACUUGCCACUGCCUGCUUGGUCUCGGAGUCGGUCGCCAUCGGUGCCCGCCACCAGAUGCUGAGCAGUAUUCACAGGAGAAUGCACAAAGCCAAGAAGUCAGGAGAUGUGGCAGAGCAGCUGGAGGAGCUCAGUAUGCAUGGGGUGCCUGCUGAUCCCCGGAUGCAGCGCCUUGCCCAGCUCCAGCACCUCUUCCAGUUCAGCUCAGCUGGGCUAGGACAGCUGGAGAUGGAGGCCUUCCGGGAGCAGCUGUGGCAAAUCCCUAGUGGUGUGACUGUGUGCAUCCUGGCCCUGGGGAGCGUCCAGCCCAGCACCGUGGGGGACACGCUGCUGUUGACGCGGUUGGAGAGGGAUGGCGCCCCUGUGACUAUCCGGAUACCGACUGCGGGCAGCAAGGUGCCCCUGAGCUCGGUGCUGGAGGAGUUUGAUGCUAUCCAGGCCCAGCAGAAGGAAUUCAACAACUGCACGGACAAGCGGGACUGGUGGCUGGGCCGCUCAGAGCUGGACCACAGGAUGAAGAGCCUGACAGAGACCCUGGAGAAGCAGGUGCUGGGCUGCUGGAAGGGGGCCCUGCUGCCAGCUGGCCCAGAUCCAGUUGCUACCAAGGCAGUAUUGGAGUUACACAAGCGCCUCCGUGAGUGUGGUUGGGAGGACCCAGACCCAGCUCUGCUCAAGGUAGUACUGAAUGGUGCCCACCUCCUGGCCCCCCCUGAUGUGCAGCGCCUGGCACUGGGGCUGUGCCCAGCCAAGCCAGCUGCUGCCCAGGCCCUGCUACAGGCAGCGGUGGAGGAGGAGCGGGGGGCCUGUGGCAAGCAAGCUGGCAGCUCCCUGCUGCUCGUGCUGGAUAAGCAUCUGCAGAAGCUGCCCUGGGAGAACAUGCCCUGCCUGCAGGCCCUGCCCGUCACCCGCUUGCCCUCCCUGCGUUUCCUACUCAGCUACUCGCUUGGCAGCCAGGACCAGAUGGGCUCAGUGCUGACCCGUGGGGUGGAUCGCAGCAGCGCCUUCUAUGUCCUCAACCCCCAUGGCAACCUACCUGGGACAGAAGAGCGCUUCCGCGCAUGGUUUGAGAGUGAGGCUGGCUGGUCGGGGGUGACGGGCACUGUUCCAAGCCGAGAGCAGAUGCAGGCGGCGCUCAUGGAGCAUGAUCUGUACAUCUAUGCUGGGCAUGGGGCAGGUGCCCGCUUCCUGGAUGGCCACUCGAUCCUGAAGCUGGACUGUGCGGCCGUGACCCUGCUCUUUGGAUGCAGCAGUGUCGCCCUGGCUGUACGUGGCAGCCUCGAAGGGUCUGGCAUCGUCCUCAAGUACAUCAUGGCCGGGUGUCCCCUGGUCCUGGGCAACCUCUGGGACGUCACCGACCGCGACAUUGACCGCUACACAGAGGCGCUGCUCCAGAGCUGGCUGCGGGCAGGGCCAGGUGCCCCCCUCCUGGACCACGUCAUCCAGGCCCGCCAAGCCCCACGCCUCAAGUACCUCAUCGGUGCUGCCCCCGUGGCCUACGGCCUCCCUGUGUCUCUGCGCUGAGGAGCCAUAAUUGGCUCUCUGGGGGUCCCCAGCUCAGUGCCUCAGCCCCAUGUUCUUCCACAAAGCAGUUGACUGUAAAACCGCCUUGAAGCCAGACCUGCCUUGUGGCUAAAGUGCCUUGAACUCUGCAGCUGAUCUUGGCCUCAGCUGACCCUAGGGGAAGGUCCCAGCUGGAGCCUAGGGAGGGGACUCUUAGCCCUGCAGCUUUUGCACAAGGGCUGAUUUGUGGGGAUCCUGUCCCUGGAAUCUGCAUUCCUAAAAUUUUAACUUAUUUUAAUUAAACCCCAGUUUUCAUCUGUCACAAUCUGGUGUAUGUUGCACUUUGUACCAUUGAAAUAAAGCUGUAGAGUCUUGCUCAGCCUGCAUGGAUUUCCUAGGCCUCAGUUCACAAGGGCAGUUGGCGCUCAUUCCUCGUCUGGCACUGCCCGGCUUCUCUGCCCUGAAAUUUCAUCUAAAUAGGAACUUGGCACUGCCACUGCCCAUCUCUUCUGGGCAGGCUGGGGCCCUGGCUGUGGGUCCCAAUGUCGACAGGCCUCCUGCCUAGGCAGCUGCAUUAGUCUAAAGCAGUGUUUCUCAACUUCCUUCGUAGCAGGACCCAUUGGUUUAGUG